UCUCUUUGCUUCUGUUGUCUCACUAGUCAAGUUGCCGUUUUAAAGAUGAUGUUCUUAAGGGUUACGAUGUAUCUUUUCUUUGUGUAUGUCUCGCGAUUUACUCAUGCAGACGAGGAACGGUUCAGAGAAAGACUGUACAUCGCAUCCAAAGGUUAUACCUUGGUUGGCAGUGUAAUUGCUGUUCAUGAUGUCGAAACACCGAUCGUCUGCGCAUUUCAUUGCACAGAAGAAACAAGAUGUCAGUCGUACAAUGUACAAGGCGAUGGUGGUUUCAACAACAAAUGUGAACUGAACAACAACACAAAAUCGACUGUGGAUUCUUCGUUCUUCGUAAGGAAAGUUGGAUUUGAYUACUUUSAAGCAGAGCCUCAUCCGUCCAAGGAUAUUGCAGUAAAUUGUUUAAAAGWGUAYGAUUUCACAAACCUCGGAGCUACCGGAAGAACAGGACCUACUUCAAUUGGAAACCAUUACCAAAGCAAACCUCACGAAAACCAGGUGACUUUAUYCAACGGUAUUCAACAUUGGACUGUACCAAYCACAGGCCAGUACCAAAUCGAGGCUGUGGGGGCAAGUGGGGGUUAUGACACCGCAAGUAAGAGUAGAGACUAUCGCGGAUUAGGAGCUCGAAUGAUUGGUGUUUUUACACUCAAUAAGGACGAAGUCAUCAAGAUUCUUGUUGGACAGGAAGGUGGCAUCAACACAAAGUCAAGUUCAUCCGGUGGGGGUGGAGGUAGUUUUGUUGUACGAGGUAACACGCCCUUAAUCGUUGCUGGGGGAGGUGGAGGUGUCGAGAGCCCUUCAUCUCGUCAUUCAGCUUACUGUGAUGGAAGUACUUCUACAUCAGGAAGGAAUGGUUUUGGAGGAGCAUCAUGGCCUGGUGGCACAGGAGGAAACGGUGCAACAACUGCAGAUAGUAGUAAUUCAGGUGGUGGAGGAGGAGGAUUCAGUUCAGACGGUCGCAGCAGCAAACACUUUGGUGGCUCAAAUGGAAWUGGUGGUGAGGGUGGAAAGRGUUUUAUCAAUGGAGGGGUAGGCGGAAGGUCAUAUGUCAACACAGUUCCAGGGGGGUUUGGUGGGGGUGGAGGAGCAUAUGGCGGUGGAGGAGGUGCUGCUGGUGGAGGAGGGUACUCAGGUGGAGCUAGUGGGGAUAACAAUGUUAACUCCUGUGGGGGAGGGGGAGGUUCGUUUAAUGGUGGAACMAASCAACAAAACAUGUGUUGCAUGAAUGAUAAAGGCCAUGGGUAUGUUAAAAUAACUGGCUUAUCAUGCUAACUUCAAUGAAUCUGAACUUUCAUCAAACGAUGCUACAAAUUAAGUUCUUAAUUUGAUUGUACAGGUUUGAAAAAUCUUAAUUCUGAGCCAGAUGAAAGAACCCAUCAAAACCCCAUGGUCCCAGC